GUUCGCUGGAGGUCCUUCGAUACUAGAGCCAAAAAAAAAACGAACACGUUCGAAAAGCCGGAUGUCGAAAAAGACCCAAGGCACACGGCGAACGUUUCAUGGAUGCACGCCACGAGAUUGAGAUUGACAACAUGUGCAAUUCCACGUCAGAAGUGGACACAUGUUGGAAAUUGUUCCGGCUUCUCAGUCCUGGCAUGGAUGGAACAGAGGAGUCCGUGAUGAAGAUACUGACUGUAUUGUCCCUACUACAUCGCUCCCGAUCUAUCAUUGACUAUCCCAAGUCUAAACGUCACGGACAUAGCUUUCUCACACAGGAGCUCUCCACUACCACGCGUAUGAUUUGUCUUGGCUGCCUGAGCCAUGCGACAAUCAGUCGUUUGGUUGAGCUGCCAAUUGCAACCCUCUCUGGACCCGUUUUCGAAUCGACGCAGCAGGUCCCUCAACCCUUGGUCGGCACGACUACACCUACGCGCUCGCACACAAGCUUGAGGGACUCGAGCGGUGCGCCGCCGUGUUCAUGGUCCAGAUCACAAUCUGCCAGCAAUGGCGGCGCGACGUCGACAACCUCUAUCCAGCCAGGAUCACCCUCUAUUGAGAAGACCCACAGCCACAUAGGAACGAGCAGUGUUGCGCACCUGCAGCGUAACAAUGAGAGACUCCGGCAGCGAAACCAGCAGGCAGCGAGCAAGAUUUCCGAGCUACGGAAUGCGAACCGCGCGUCUGAGACCGAUAUAAGGGACGCGGACGGUAUUCUGGAAAGGGUGUUGAACUCAGGAGAUCUCUCUGUAGACAUGUAUGAGAGUCUGAAUCAGUUAUCGAGACUGCUUCAGGCGGCAUCGGAGAAGCUGCGGAGUGUUGAAAGUGUUCGGUUUGCCCCUGAGUCUGCUUCCCCAAGCAACGUACCUGAUAUUGCUCACGCAGCAAGCGCACUGUAAGGCAUAGACCAAGUAUUCAAGUGGUUAUGAAACGACUUGUUGCCGUCAGAGAUAGAUCUUAGCUACGCGGUUCAGUUUC